UCCAGUCCGCGUACGGAACGCGCGCGCGUGCCAUGUUCUCUAACCUCGCGCCACGAACGGAAUUGUCUAGUUCAAAGUUUGAAAUGUAUUGAAGGGAAACAAACAAUAAUGUUAUGUUUGAACAUCUCUCUUAAGUGGUAGAGUGUGCUGUGUCAGUGACUGGUGCAGGGUAUAGUGAGUGCACUAUGUGAAUGGACACAAACACAAUGUGGGCGGCGGAGUUGGGCUGCUUUUUUAUUUUGUUCGGUGUGUCGGCCGGCGGCGGAGGCUGGGAACCUUUGGGACAACCGUACUUCGAUAACAGCACGAAGCGCGAGGCCACUGCCGCCGUGGGACAACCUGCGUAUCUUCACUGCAGAGUACGCAACCUGGCUGACCGAGCGGUAUCCUGGAUCCGGAAGCGAGACCUGCACAUCUUGACUGUUGGUGUCCACACGUACAGCAGCGACGCGAGGUUUGCCGCACUUCACGCAGAUGGAUCAGACGAAUGGACGCUGAGGGUAGCCCCAGCACAGCCAAGAGAUUCUGGAGCCUACGAGUGCCAAGUGUCAACAGAACCGAAGAUCAGUUUAUCCUUCCGACUUACAGUUGUCGUGUCAAAGGCGGAAAUACUGUCCGGGCCGGAGCUGUUUGUGAGGGCUGGAUCGGACAUCAAUCUCACUUGUGUCGCGAAGCACGCGCCCGACCCGCCGAGCUUCAUCUACUGGUACCGAGGCGAGCAGGUCGUAAACUAUGCGCAACGUGGCGGCAUCAGUGUGGAGACUGAGCAACGCACGAGAACCAGUCGACUGCUGAUAGCACGCGCCGCUCCACACGACUCCGGGAACUACACCUGUGCACCGAGCAGCUCCGAGUCAGCGUCGGUGAUCGUGCACGUACUAAGUGGAGAACGGCCAGCUGCGAUGCAGAGCUCAGGUUCCACCCCACCGCGCAUGGACCGAGCCAUUCUCGUUGCCGUCGCCACCGUGUCCGCGGUCAACCAGCCCAAACCCUGGCUGCUAGUACCACUCACCCUAGCAGCCCAGUACCUCUCAGCCGUCACUCUACUCCUCAUCACCUUGCUAUCUUACGUCGUCCUCUCACACAAACCAGCUACGAGAUGACCAUAUUAAAAGGGAAUGCGACACAUGACAAAUUUUGUAAAGUUAAAAAUUUUAAGAAAUGACAAAAGUUUAAUUUGAAUUUGUAGGUAUAAUUUUAUGAGAAACGUUGAGUUUAUAAUAAUUGGUGUAUUUAAUACAACGAUGAAUAGAUUUAUAAAUGAUUAUGAUUAACGAAGAGGCAACAAUGUUUUUUAAUAUUCUAAAUUGGGUAUCGACAACUUUCGAUAAAUGUUAUAAAUAUAUUUUUUUUUAUAUAGAUGAGCCCUGUUCUUUUGGUAUUAACGUGCAAAGGCAUAGAUUGAGAACAAUAAAUAUUUUAUAAAUAGUUUGAGAGGAUAAAUAGAGCCAUGCGCCGUCGCCACUAUCUCCGCUGUCAACCCAAACACCCAAAAAACCCAAACCCAAUCCGCUUUAUUACAGAGCAUUGACUAAAGUUAAAACUGAUGCUGUCACUUUUGUUUGCUAAUAGAAGACAAUGACAGGUUAGGUUGAAACCAAGACCAAUAAAUAAUAAAGUCCGUGUUUUGGAUUAAGGCGGUUUUGUA